CUGUCUGCCGGGUGAACGGAGCUUUCGCAGCUGGAGAAGGGUUUCAUCCUGUUGCCUAGGCUGGAGUGCAGUGCCUGGAUCAUAACUCUGGAUCAUCACUGAAACCUGAAACUCCUGGGCUCAAGCGAUCCUCCCAUCUCAGCCUCCCAAGUAGCUGGGACUACAGGCCUGCACCACCACGCCUGGCUAAUUUUUAAUUUUUUUUUUUUUAGAGAUGAGGCCUCACUAUGUUGCCCAGGCUGGUAUCCAGGUCCUGGCAUCAAGUAAUCCUCUCACCUUAGCUUCCCAAAGUGCUGGCUGGGAUUACAGGUGUGAGCCACCAUGCCUGGCCUUGUCUCUGUUUUAUAGACGAGGAAACUGUGGCACAAAGAGCUUAAAUAACCUGCCCAGGUCACGCAGUAAGUGAGAGAGACGGGGUUAGAGCCUCGUCUCACCCCUUCCAUCCAGAGUGGGACAGGGAAUUGUCCUCCUGCAUCAGGACUGAGGGCCUCGCCCCUCAAGGGCAGAGGCCCCGGGGCCAUGGUGCAAGUCCCAGACCCUCUUUCCGGCCUGCUUUCUAGAGCAUUGAGCUGGGGCGCUGCGUGGUUUCCUCAAACCACUGACAUCUGCCACUCCCCACAGGCUCAUCCACCUGCAGACAUGGGGCGCAGAAAGUCAAAACGAAAGCCGCCUCCCAAGAAGAAGAUGACAGGCACCCUCGAGACCCAGUUCACCUGCCCCUUCUGCAACCACGAGAAAUCUUGUGAUGUGAAAAUGGACCGUGCCCGUAACACUGGAGUCAUCUCUUGUACCGUGUGCCUAGAGGAAUUCCAGACGCCCAUAACGUAUCUGUCAGAACCCGUGGAUGUGUACAGUGAUUGGAUAGACGCCUGCGAGGCGGCCAAUCAGUAGCGACACAGAGGACCCGCCCCCUGAGCAGCCCCGCCUACUGUGGAUCCAGCUGUUCGGUUCUGGUCCAGAGACAUUCCAGGGGUCCAGGGUGUGGGUCCUGGGCUGUCACAGCCGUGUGUGUGUGUGUGUAGUGGGUGUGCGUGUGAGUGGGUGUGAGUGUGAGUGGGUGUGGGUGGCUGCAUGUGUCACUGGGGUGGCCGUGAGUGUGUGCUCACAGGUACGCGGUGGUGUCGGGUUCCUGGGCCUGAGGGGCCUGAACUGAUCUCACUUGGCUCCGAAAGCCUUUGCUGUGUUCCCUGCAGCCCCUGGCCCCCCAGCUUUGGGGCUCUGGCUCCCCCGGCGGAAUUGGGGGACUGUUUCCUGACAUCCUGGACAAGGGAAGCCCACUAGAGGCUGGAACAGGACCUCUCCAGCCUCCUCACCAGCACCGUGCCCAUCUCAACUGGACUUCCCGCCCUCCUUCUCCACCUUCUAGUGCCCGUGGCCGGGGAUUCAAAGCCGCCGUUCCCCAGGUCCCUGGGCUGGGCCCUGACAGGGAGCCACCCCCCUCCCCAUGGUAACCAGGAAGCCCGUUUCAUGUUCAGUUGCUUUUGUAGAGGAAGCAAGGGCUGGGAUGGGGACAGCUGUCAAUCACAAGCCCUUAAAUAAAGCAGCCAGCGCACA